CAGGGUGAUAGGAGGGGACAAUAUUGAACCGAGCUUAUUUGUACCGACACUUUCCUUACCCUAGAGUGUUUGCUGUUUCAGAUGAAAGAACUCCAAACUCGGGGCGCUUUUCAUAACCCGAACUGCCCCCGUUUCCACAUGCGCUGACACAUCUCCAGAUAUUACUCACAUCCCGUCGGGCGGCGGAGGGAACGUUUACUUGGCAGGUUUGAUACAUCGUGAAUACAUACAAGAGACGCGCAACGGGGUAAGAUGUUGCUGAAGGAAUACAGGAUAUGCAUGCCCCUCACGGUAGAGGAGUACCGGAUUGGACAGCUGUACAUGAUCAGUAAGCACAGUCAUGAGCAGAGUGAUCGGGGAGAAGGGGUGGAAGUUGUCCAGAAUGAACCCUAUGAAGACCCAACGCAUGGCCAAGGACAGUUCACAGAGAAACGAGUCUACCUCAACAGUAAAUUACCUAGCUGGGCUCGAGCAGUGGUUCCUAGAAUCUUCUAUGUGACAGAGAAAGCAUGGAACUACUACCCUUACACCAUCACAGAAUACACAUGCUCAUUCCUGCCCAAGUUUUCCAUCCACAUAGAGACAAAAUAUGAAGACAACAAAGGAUGCAAUGACAAUAUUUUUGACACUGAGCUGAAGGAUCAGGAAAGGGAGGUGUGCUUCAUCGACAUCGCCUACGACGACAUCCCAGAGCGUUACUACAAAGAUUCUGAGGACUUGCGAUAUUUCAAGUCGGAGAAGACGUCACGAGGAAUGCUUCAGGAAGGCUGGAGGGACACCCAGGAUCCCAUCAUGUGCUCGUACAAGCUGGUCACUGUCAAAUUUGAGGUGUGGGGUCUGCAGACUCGAGUGGAACAGUUUAUACACAAGGUGGUUCGGGACGUGCUGCUGCUGGGACACAGACAGGCAUUUGCCUGGGUGGAUGAAUGGAUUGACAUGACGAUGGAUGAAGUGAGAGAGUUCGAGCGCACCAUCCAGGAGGCCACCAACCAGAAGAUUGGGAUGUUCCCCCCCUCAAUCUCCAUCAGCGAGACACCCCUGUCCUCCUGUGCCCUCACUGGCCCUGCCAGUGCUCCCUCUACUCCCAUGUGCACUGAUGCACCUGAGUCCCUCUCUGUCCCUAAGGACAGACUCCGCAAAAAGUCUGCCCCAGAAACCCUGACCCUCCCAAGUCCUGUCUCAAGCGAUGUCCCUCAGGGUUCCACCCUGAGCCCUCUAACCAUUUCAAACCAUCUCCAAUCAUCCACACCUCCCUCCUCCAACUCCAAUCUUGCUGAGAUUGCCGAGCAGUAGAGUGGCCUUGGGAUGUCUUUUCCAACCCCUUGCUUUACAUAUUCCCUCAACAUCAUCUUAGUAGCCCAGUGAGACAAGUCUAACCUCUAAACACCAGUGCCCAGACAUUCAAGUUCUCUAGCCAUGUGCAACGAUUUGCCAUAAUCCUGGACACACAACAGUCGCUCUUGAAGUCUUCACCAGUGUCACUGAUACUAAACAGACAGCUGUACUGUAUGCUCAGUGGCCCUGAUGUGACUGACUUCCUCUUCCUAUGAGUCUAGCCAGCCACGUCUUGUCUAUUAUGACAACCACCCAUGAUGUCUAAUCAAAACAAAGAGCAUCCAUAAUUAUUUUUGAUGCGCAGCAGUUCCUUUGUUAUAUAAAUAAUUCUUGUUGUUUCCUUAGUUAUCUUUCAAUCAAUCAACGUCAAUCAAAUUAUUUGAUUGCUUUCAAGCUAAUGAACUAUAAAGUAGUUGCCUUAGCACCACAGAGCCAGUGGUGUUUAUUAGUUUGGACAAUGUGCAGAAAUUGAGGAAUAUUGUUCUUUUUCAGCCUGUAAAAUUGCUGUAUUUGUUAAAUUGGAAAUGAAAUCAUUAACCCAAAGUAGUAGUAGCAUAGUAGACCUAAUAUGACUAACACACACAGAAGGACAGCCAAGUACUGUGAUAACUGUGUCCUGAGCUGUCCAAAUUGGCCAGUGGUGAUUGCACCCAUCCUUUUCCAUUCCAAACUCUAAUUAAACAACAGAUGCAAGAUAAGUACAAUCACAGGGUUUACACCUCAGGUCUCCCAGGCUCUACUUGGCUCAUGCUCCAAAGGCAGGGAUAAAACUGUAUGUCUCUACCCCUGCUUAUUCCCAAUAAGCCACAUUUUAUACCUCCAUGGAUAUCACAAUACAACUAUUAUAUGCACUAUACCAGUCUACCUAACCCUUGGAAUGUUUACACAUCAGAAACCUUGGAGCAUUUGAAUAUUAGCAGUAAGGUUUUAGGAUAAGCUGUUGUUAUACUGUAUAUGCACUUGUGGUUUUCGCAUGACAGUUUAAUGAGUCUAAAACUGUAUGUGUUGAAGUUUUCUUCAGCAUAUACAGUAUCUUAAUUGAGCUGACUGAGAGGUCAGUACAACAAAAAACAUACUUAAGUGUUACCUGAAACUAAUGCUGGACUUUACGUCUCCUGUGACAUAAACGUGAUCCAGUUUUAUCAAAUCAGCAAAUCACUUUAAUGUCAUAUGUAGGAACAAGGCCAUUUUGGGGAGUUUUUAGCAGUGACUGAUCUUUGUACACAGUGGAGAUAAGAAGAAAAAGGUUGAUUUGAGGAGAAGGGCACUUGCAUCAAGCUGACUUGAGUGUGUGCUUUGUUAGCUGCACAUCACAGAAGUGCUGAUAAGUUUGAUUUGGUAAUACUGAGCCAGUGCUUUGGGGGAAGUAAAAAAAAGUUUUGAAACAGGCACAUUCAUUGCAGUGACCCAUUGUUUGCACUGGGCGUGUACUAGUAAUUUUCAUCUGAAACCCUAAAUGAGAAUGAAAUACAUAAAGAUAGAAAGUUAUUCUGUAAUGGAAACCCCCCGUUUUCAAUACAAUGAUAUUAUUCAAAGAAAGGAUUUUUAUAUGCUGCAUGAAAUAUUUCACAACCUAUUAUGUGAAGAAUAUAUGUAUAUACUGUACUGUAAAUCAGUUGAUUGGGGCUGUAUAUUUGGUGAACAGUGAAGCUCCUUUUAAAAUUUGUAUUAUAGAAAAAGCAGAUCGAGUGAAAUAUAAGCAUGCCCAGAGAAUAUACUGUAGGCCUACAAUGCUUUUUAAACUCAGUGCCUCUGCAUGCAACAACUUCAGCAUUAGCUAUGUGUAAACCAAACUCUCUUACAUUUCAGCUAUAGAAACACAAAAUUGUGUUGCAUUUCCUUUCCUGUUUUCUAUCCCAAAUGUUGCAUUUAACCAAGAGUAAAAACAGGCUACAGUGCCACAGCUGAACUGUAACAGAAUCAGAUCAAAUCAAUCAUAUCAAACAACAUAAUUAGAUUUUCAAGAAUCAGGGCUAACGUCUUACUGUAUUUUAGAAAAUUAAUACAUUUAUGUUCCCCUAUUUUAAUCAAUUGCUUCUAACUUUAAGGCGCAAAUGCAUUUUGUACUUGCCAGUCCUUGACACCUUAUUUGUUAGUGAAGGAGUGUUACAUUACACUGUUGUUGGGUUUUUUUUGGACCAGUGCCCUGUAAUACAGCACAGUGACUUCAAAUAGAGCAGGUCAAAUAGAGAGACCUCAGUGGUUUUGCCAUAAAAUAUUGUUAAUAUUAUGUACAGUUUCUCACUUGCUUUUGUUAAAAAACAAAACCAACUGUAGCUAUUUAUCUGUAGCUGUAGCUUUUGUCUCUGUAUUUUGAGGAUAAAUAUACCAGUUACUGGCUCUCUGUAUUGAUUAUUGUAUAGAUUAUUCAUACUUGCUUCUCUGGUAUUGACCAUCUCUCUUGUCAGGGACACAGAGAUCCAGUGAUCUAUGGGCUGUUAAAAAUAAUGCAAAAUGUCCAGUUGUGUAACAUUAAGCUCUGCUCUGUUUAAAAGAGUAACCAUUAGAUAUUGUAUAUACUGUUGUAAGUAAUGUAACAGAUUUCUUACAUUAAAACUGUUCCAAGUUGCAUUGCUGAUGUGACAUGACUGUGGUAAAAACUGUAGUGUUUGGGCGAUAAUGACAGUGACAUCUUCACAGACAGAAUGAAAGAUCUGUUUUAAUCUAGGAGUAAGUUGUGUCUGUAUUAAUGAUGUCAUUGUAACCUAGUGAGGAUACUGAAUUCAGCUAAGUUUACUCUUGUCAAUUGAGUAUCAAGGCCCCUCAUUGUAGUGGUGCACUUUUAACUCUCCAUUUUCUUUUGAUGACCCUGCAGGGCAAAGUUGUUUAUAGCAGUUGUGAAACAAAAUGAAGCUUUUCUUUUUAGUGGGUGGUUGCUUUGACAUUUAUGUGCCAUGUUAAUUCAGAGGUGAUUGGUUUUUCUGGUUUUCCUUUUCUGUAGUAAACUUAUGUACUUUGAUUUUGUGGUUGCUGUACUGCUUGAAGGCAAAGAUAAAUUAGUUCAUAGUUAUUUCUUUGGAUAACAGGACCAAGCUCUUUAUUUCUCCCCAC